AUGGCCUUCUCUUAUCAGAACAUACCAUGUCCACGGCUUCCGUUCAAUCUUGAAUAUGCGCUUACACUCGGACAAAGCCUCAAUAUUGCCGCCUUGAUCAUUGUCAACGUCUUCAUGAGAGCAGCAGACUACAGAGCUGCGGCUCCCCACGCAUGGUAUGGGUCCGAUAAGUACUAUGCCGUUAUGGCAUAUAUCAUGUGGUGUAUUGGCGCAUUUGCUGUCAUUUACCUGACCCUGGAAGCUUGA